CACACACGCACACACACAGAGCGCGAGCGCUCGCAACGCGAGGGAGAUGCUGACACGGUGAUGCUCGCGAACCGAGUCGCGCCGUGACCGUGCGGACCGCUCGUGCCCGCCGCCUUUGCCGCUGCUGCGUGGGUUCCCCCCGCGCGUGGGACAUGCAGAGGAGGAGCCCCCUUUUGUAGGCGCGCGCGACGCCGAUCCGCGAACAAUAGAGGCGCCCUGACGGAGCUCAGUCUCCCGGUCGCGCUCCAUCAUCGCCCCCAUCGUCGCUCCAUCAUCCCCGGGACAUCGGCAGGAACAUGAUGGGGCUGGAGGAGCUCUGAUCCCUGGAUUUACCACGUUCGAGCGCCACGUCCCCCCCUUUUCUUCUUCCUGACCCCGACAGGGAGGGAUGAUGAUGAAUUCAGCGGAGGCUGCAGAGGAGGGACCCCCGGACUCCGACACGGACCCCUUCUUCAAGACAGGGUCUUUCAGGAACGAUGGCAUCAGGGCGUCCGAUGUCUUACCUUUACUGAAGGAGAAGGUGGCGUUUGUCUCAGGUGGUCGAGACAAGAGGGGGGGGCCUAUCUUGACCUUCCCGGCUCGGAGCAACCAUGACAGGAUAAAGCAGGAGGACCUGCGGAGGCUGGUGACAUACCUGUCCACCGUGCCGAGCGAGGAUGUCUGCAAGCGCGGCUUCACCGUGAUCAUCGACAUGCGCGGCUCCAAGUGGGAGCUGAUCAAGCCGCUGCUGAAGACGCUGCAGGAGGCCUUCCCUGCCGAGAUCUGCGUGGCGCUCAUCAUCAAGCCCGACAACUUCUGGCAGAAGCAGAAGACCAACUUCGGGAGCGCCAAGUUCAGCUUCGAGACAAGCAUGGUGUCCGUGGAGGGGUUGACCAAGCUUGUGGACCCCUCCCAGCUGACGGAGGACUUUGACGGCACACUGGAGUACGACCACGAGGACUGGCUGGAGCUGCGGGUGUCGCUGGAGGAGUUCACGGGCAACGCGGCGCACCUCCUCUCCCGCCUGGAGGAGCUGCAGGAACAGCUGGCCAGGAAGGAAUUCCCGGCGGACACAGAGGCCUCGCGGCGCCUCAUUGAGGAGCACGCACAGCUAAAGAAGCGGGUGAUGAAGGCGCCCGUGGAGGAGCUGGACCGCGAGGGUCAGCAGCUGCUGCAGCGCAUCCGAGCAGGAACCUCCGGCCGGCCCGACUUCCAGAGCCUGGCGCCCAAGGUCGCCGCCCUGCUGGACAAACUGCACUCAACGCGCCAGCAGCUGCACCAGGCAUGGCACGUUCGCAAGCUGCAGCUGGACCAGGGCUUCCAGCUGCGGCUCUUCGAACAAGACGCAGAGAAGAUGUUCGACUGGAUCAGCCACAACAAGGAGCUGUUCCUGCAGAGCCACACGGAGAUUGGGGUCAGCUACCAGCACGCCGUGGACCUCCAGACGCAGCACAAUCACUUUGCCAUGAACUCCAUGAACGCCUACGUGAACAUCAACCGGAUCGUGUCGGUGGCAUCGCGGCUCUCUGAGGCUGGCCACUACGCAUCGCAGCAGAUCAAGCAGAUCUCUUCCCAGCUCGACCAGGAGUGGAAGAGCUUUGCGGCGGCACUGGAUGAGCGCAGCACCAUCCUCGCCAUGUCGUCUGUUUUCCACCAGAAGGCCGAGCAGUUUCUGUCCAACGUGGAGCCCUGGUGCAAGAUGUGCAGCGAAGGGGGGCUGCCGUCGGAGAUGCAGGACCUGGAGAUGGCCAUCCACCACCACCAGACACUGUACGAGCAGGUGACGCAGGCCUACGCCGAGGUCAGCCAGGAUGGGAAGGCCCUGCUGGACGUCCUCCAACGGCCCCUGAGCCCCAGUAACUCUGAGUCCAUGACAGCCACGGCCAACUACUCCAAGGCGGUGCACUGUGUGCUGGACGUGGUGCACGAGGUCCUCCACCACCAGCGCCGCCUGGAGAGCAUCUGGCAGCAUCGCAAGGUCCGCCUGCACCAGCGGCUCCAGCUGUGUGUCUUUCAGCAGGACGUCCAGCAGGUGUUGGACUGGAUCGAGAACCACGGCGAGGCCUUCCUCAGCAAGCACACGGGCGUGGGCAAGUCGCUGCACCGUGCCCGCGCCCUGCAGAAGCGUCACGAUGACUUUGAGGAGGUGGCCCAGAACACGUACACGAAUGCAGACAAGCUGCUGGAGGCGGCGGAGCAACUGGCGCAAACCGGGGAGUGCGACCCGGAGGAGAUCUACAAGGCGGCGCGCCACCUCGAGGUGCGCAUACAGGACUUUGUGCGCAGGGUGGAGCAGAGGAAGCUACUCCUGGAUAUGUCCGUCUCCUUCCACACGCACACCAAGGAGCUGUGGACAUGGAUGGAGGACCUGCAGAAGGAGCUCCUGGAGGAGGUGUGUGCCGACUCGGUGGACUCCGUGCAGGAGCUCAUCAAGCAGUUCCAGCAGCAGCAGACAGCCACGCUGGAAGCCACGCUCAACGUCAUCAAGGAAGGAGAAGAUCUCAUCCAGCAGCUGAGGGAUUCGGCGAUGUCCCACAAUAAGACUCCCCACAACAGCUCCAUUGCACACAUCGAAAGCGUCCUUCAGCAGCUGGAUGAAGCCCAGGCCCAGAUGGAAGAGCUUUUCCAUGAGCGGAAGAUCAAGCUGGACAUCUUCCUUCAGCUGCGCAUCUUUGAGCAGUACACGAUCGAGGUGACAGCAGAGCUGGAUGCUUGGAACGAGGACCUAAUGAGGCAGGUGGGCGACGUCGGUGCCGAGGAGCUGGCCGCGGCUGAACAGCGGCUACAGCGGCACACGGAGCGCAAGCUGGCCAUGAACAACAUGACCUUCGAGGUCAUCCAGCAAGGUCAAGACCUGCACCAGUACAUCAUGGAGGUCCAGGCAUCAGGGAUCGAGCUGACGGGCGAGAAGGAGGUAGACCUGGCCACGCAAGUCCAGGAGCUGCUCGAGUUUCUUCACGAGAAGCAGCGCGAGCUGGACCUGAGUGCCGAGCAGACGCAGAAGCGGCUGGAGCAAUGUCUGCAGCUGCGACACCUGCAGGCCGAGGUCAAGCAGGUCCUUGGCUGGAUCCGCAACGGGGAGUCGAUGCUCAACGCCAGCAUGGUGAACGCCAGCUCUCUGUCGGAGGCGGAGCAACUACAGCGGGAGCACGAGCAGUUCCAGCUGGCCAUUGAGUCCCUGUUCCAUGCCAAUUCGCUGCAGAAGACCCAUCAGAGCGCCCUGCAGGUGCAGCAGAAGGCCGAGGCCAUGCUUCAGGCGGGCCACUAUGACCCAGAUGCCAUCCGAGGCUGCGCUGAGAAGGUAGCGCUGCACUGGCAGCAGCUCAUGCUCAAGAUGGAGGACCGACUCAAACUGGUCAAUGCGUCUGUGGCCUUCUACAAGACCUCGGAGCAGGUGUGCAGUGUGCUGGAGAGCCUGGAGCAGGAGUACCGGAGGGACGAAGACUGGUGUGGAGGCCAUGACAAGCUGGGGGCCAACUCGGAGACAGACCACGUCCUCCCGCUCAUCAGCAAACACCUGGAGCAGAAGGAGGCCUUCCUCAAGGCUUGCACGCUGGCCAGAAGGAAUGCAGAGGUCUUCCUCAAAUACAUCCACCGCAACAAUGUCAGCACUCCUGGAGCAGCCAGUCACACCCGUGGCCCUGAGCAACAGGUCAAAGCCAUUCUGAAUGAAUUGCUCCAGAGGGAGAACCGGGUCCUUCACUUCUGGACCAUGAAGAAGCGGAGGCUUGACCAGUGUCAGCAAUAUGUGAUGUUUGAGCGCAGUGCCAAGCAGGCCCUAGACUGGAUCCAGGAAACAGGAGAGUAUUACCUCUCCACUCACACCUCCCCUGGGGAAACCAGUGAGCAAACUCAGGAGCUGCUCAAGGAGUAUGAGGAGUUCAGAGUCUCUGCCAAGCAAACCAAGGAGAAAGUGAAGCUCCUGAUCCAACUGGCAGACAGCUUUGUGGAGAAGGGUCAUGUCCACGUCACAGAGCUGAAGAAGUGGGUGACGUCGGUGGACAAGCGUUACCGCGACUUCUCCCUCCGGAUGGGGAAGUACCGCUCCACCUUAGAGAAGUCUCUGGGCAUAAGCUCAGAGGACAACAAGGACCUGGAACUGGACAUCAUCCCAGCCAGUCUGACUGACCCCGAGGUGAAGCUGCGUGAUCCCAACCAAGAGGUCAAUGAAGAGAAGAGGAAGUCGGCCAGGAAGAAGGAGUUUAUAAUGGCUGAACUUCUUCAGACUGAAAAAGCUUAUGUCAGGGACCUACAUGAAUGUCUAGAGACGUACCUGUGGGAGAUGACCAGCGGUGUGGAGGAGAUCCCUCCAGCCAUACUCCACAAGGAGCAUGUCAUUUUUGGAAACAUGCAGGAGAUCUAUGAUUUCCAUAACAACAUCUUCCUGAAAGAGCUGGUGAAUUACGAACAGCUCCCAGAGGAUGUAGGACACUGCUUUGUAACAUGGGCCGAUAAGUUCAACAUGUAUGUCACCUACUGUAAAAAUAAACCUGAUUCCAGCCAACUCAUACUGGAGCAUGCAGGGACAUUUUUUGAUGAAAUACAGCAAAGGCACGGCUUGGCCAACUCCAUCUCUUCUUACCUGAUCAAGCCUGUGCAGAGGAUCACAAAGUACCAGCUGCUGCUCAAGGAGCUGCUGACCUGCUGCGAGGAGGGCAAGGGGGAGAUCAAGGACGGCCUUGAGGUCAUGCUGAGCGUGCCCAAGCGUGCCAACGAUGCCAUGCACGUCAGCAUGUUGGAAGGUUUCGAUGAGAACCUCGAGGUUCAGGGAGAGCUCAUCCUCCAAGACACUUUCCAGGUAUGGGACCCCAAGUCCCUGAUCCGGAAGGGACGGGACCGGCACCUCUUCCUCUUCGAGAUCUCGCUCGUGUUCAGCAAGGAGAUCAAGGACUCGGCGGGACGUACCAAAUACGUCUACAAGAACAAGCUGCUGACGUCCGAGCUGGGAGUGACGGAGCACAUCGAAGGGGACCCCUGUAAGUUCGCCCUUUGGUCUGGGAGGACCCCGUCAUCUGACAACAAGACUGUUCUCAAGGCAUCGAGCAUCGAGGUGAAGCAGGAGUGGGUGAAGAACAUCCGCGAAGUGAUUCAGGAAAGAAUCAUCCACCUGAAGGGGGCGCUAAAGGAGCCCAUUCCGAUUCCCAAGACUCCAGCCAAGCAGCAGCGUAACAACAGUAAGAGGGAAGCUGGUGAGGAUGGGGACAGUCAGGGAGACGGGAGCAGUCAGCCGGACACCAUCUCUAUCGCUUCUCGGACCUCCCAGAACACAGUAGAGAGUGACAAGCUCUCCGGGGGCUGCGAGCACACUGUGGUCUUGCAGGACUUCAGCGCCGGCAGCGGAGCCGAGCUCAGCGUCCAGACAGGGCAGACGGUGGAGCUGCUGGAGAGACCCAGCGAUCGGCCCGGCUGGUGCCUGGUGCGGACCACCGACCGCAGCCCCCCGCAGGAGGGCUUGGUGCCCAGCAGCACCCUCUGUAUCUCCCACUCACGCAGCAGCGUCGAGAUGGACUGCUUCUUCCCCACAGGAAAAGACAGCUACGUGGUGAGCGGGUCGGACGCCAAGACGGACUCGGUGACCACGUUGCAGCCGCAGUCCUCCGUCGGCUCCGCCCACAGCAGCUCGCCGGGCCCCAAGCGCUCGGGCAACACCCUCAAGAAGUGGCUCACGAGCCCCGUGCGCCGACUCAGCCACGGCAAGGCCGACAGCGCCAUCAAGAAGGUCCCCAGCAAGCCCAAGAAACGCGAGGUCCGCAAGAGCAUCGACCUCGGGCCCCGGGACGGGGAGGGCGAGGGCCCGCCGCAGGACGACAGCACCGAGGAGAGGGUCAGGAAGGAGGGCACGCUGUCCAAGUCCUCUUCGGGUGUCCAGAGUGGCGGAGAGGAGGAGCCGGAGGAUGAGCCGCACACGCCCCUUCCUCCCCCCAUGGAGAUCAUCAAGGACCCCUCAUCUCAGGAGGACAAGCCCGCCGCUUUGCUGGCCACGCGCCAGGCCUCCAGUGACGUGCCCAGCGCGGCCGAGCUGGUCAGCGCCAUCGAAAAGCUGGUCCAGACCAAGACGACGCUGGAGCCGGUGACAUUUCCCAGCUUCGGAACGCUGACCACACCCGAACAAGCUGCUACGACUCAACCCAGGAACCCGGAGGAGGAGCAGAGGGCGAAAGCCAUGCGGGGACGCAUGUUUGUCCUCAACGAGCUGAUACAGACGGAGAAAGACUACGUGAGGGACCUGGGUGUUUUGGUGGAGGGAUUUAUGAAGAGGAUAGAGGAGAAGGGUGUCCCCGACGACAUGAAAGGAAAAGACAAAAUAGUUUUCGGCAACAUCCAUCAGAUCUACGACUGGCACAGAGAGUUUUUCCUGGGUGAACUGGAGAAAUGCCUUCAGGAUCAUGACCGACUUGCAGAACUUUUCAUAAAGCAUGAGAGGCGCUUGCACAUGUAUGUGGUGUACUGUCAGAACAAACCCACGUCCGAGUUUAUCGUCGCCGAAUACGACUCGUACUUUGAGGAGGUGCAGCAGGAAAUAAACUCCAGACUAACGAUCAGCGACUAUCUGAUCAAGCCGAUCCAGAGAAUAACCAAAUACCAACUUCUGCUCAAGGAUUUCCUGAAGUACACGUCGAAGGCAGGCUUGGACUGUCAAGACAUCGAGAAAGCGGUCGACCUGAUGUUCCUCGUCCCCAAGCGCUGCAACGACAUGAUGAACUUGGGCCGCCUGCAGGGCUACGAGGGAAAGUUGACCAGUCAGGGCAAACUGCUGCAGCAGGACACGUUCUUCGUGACGGAGCAGGAUUCGGGCGUGCUGUCCCGCAGCAAGGAGCGCCGCGUCUUCCUCUUCGAGCAGAUCGUCAUCUUCAGCGAGCUUCUGCGCAAGGGCUCCUCCACGCCGGGGUACCAGUUCAAGAAGAGCAUCAAGGUGAGCUACCUGAGCAUGGAGAAGAACGUGGACAACGACCCGUGCAAGUUUGUCCUGUAUUGCCGAGGCUCCUCGGAACGCUUGAUCCUGCAGGCCGCCAAUGUCGAGAUCAAACAGGUCUGGGUUCAGGAGAUCCAGCAGCUGCUGGACACCCAGAGCAACUUCCUGUCAGCUCUGGUGUCCCCCAUUGAGUUCCAGAAGAAGGAGAGCAGCUCACAGUCUGUAAACAGGGGCUCCAGCAGCCGGCCCCACUCGUCCGCCUCCCUGGGGGCAGAGAAACCCCACCUCUCGGGCCACACGGCCGCGCCCCUCAAGCUAUCUACCUCCAACGGCGGCCCCUGCUUUGACCCCCAGAAACUCUCUGAGCGGUUUGAUGCAGCCAAGCACAACCCAUCAGGAUGUAACGGGGUGUCCUCAACUGUGGUGGUGACCCAGGACUACAUAGCCCUGAAGGAGAAUGAGAUCUGCGUCUCCCAGGGGGAGACGGUUCAGAUCCUGGCAACCAACCAGCAGAACAUGUGUUUAGUGUACCGGCCGGCCAACAGCCAGUCCCCAGCGGCCGAGGGCUGGGUCCCGGGGCACAUCCUGAGCACACUCAGUAAAGCCCACAUAGACAGUGCUGAAGGAAGCCUCAAGAAGUCUUUCUCGUGGCACACCCUACGCAUGAGAACGCGCGCGGAAAAGGAGGCCGCCUCUACAGGCGACACAAAGGCAGAGGCCGGAGGUCGCAGGCCAAGGGACGUUCUCAGCACCAAGGUCACUGUUAAAGAGUCUAACAGCUCCGAGGAGUCCGAUAGCGACGAGCUCGUCCCCCAAACUAGCAUGGAGUUACUGAACCCUAAUUUCAUACAAGAAGUGGCUCCCGAGUUCCUGGUUCCUCUGUCUGACGUGACGUGCGCCCUCGGGGAGACGGUCCACCUGCGAUGCAAAGUGUGCGGUCGCCCGAAGCCUGUCGUCACCCUGCGGGGUGCUGACCAAAACCUCAUUGUCAACAACAGUCGCUUCACAAUCGAAAUCGGGGAAACGGGCGACAUCCACCUGAAGAUCUGCAACCUGAUGCCCCAGGACACGGGCAUCUACACCUGUGUGGCUGUCAAUGACCAUGGCUCCGCCUCUUCCUCCGCCUCCAUUAAAGUGCAAGGUGUCCCCGCAGCCCCGUCCAGACCCGUGGCCCAGGAGGCAGGAUGCACGGCCGUGAUGGUGCACUGGCUCCCCCCGGCCAGCCUGGGGAACUGCACCGCGUUCGGCUACACUGUCGAGUACAGGCAGGAAGACUCCCUGGUGUGGCAGCAGUCGGUGACCACGGGGGACGUGUGCGUGAAGAUCGAGCGGCUCAUCCCGGGCGGACACUACCUGUUCCGCGUGAGCGCCAGUAACCGCUGGGGGAUCAGCCCGCCCAGCGAGCCCUCCGACAUGGUGACAUUGCCGACUGGGAGUUUCUCCUACGAUGGAGCAGGAGUUCAGUGGAAAGACAACUUCGAAGCAAUGUUCUCGGAAGUCAGCGAGAUUGGAAGGGGCAGGUUCUCGGUGGUGAGGAGGUGUCUGAACAAGAGCACCAAAAAGGAGGUGGCAGUCAAGUACAUCAGCAAGAAGAUGCGGAGGAAGGAGCAGGUGUCCCAGGAGGCUGAACUCCUCCGGCACGUCCAGCACCCCCAGCUGCCCGCGCUGUGGGGCGCCUACGAGUCGGGCUCCUCCUUCAUGCUGGUCCUCGACCUCGUGGAGGACGGGAGACUGCUGGACCACCUGAUUGCCCUCGACGAGCUGAUGGAGGACAAAGUGGCCUUCUACGUGAGAGACACCUUGGAGGUCCUGCAGUACCUCCACACUUGCAGGGUGGCGCACUUGGACCUAAAGCCCGAGAACCUCAUGGUGGAUCUCCGCGCUCCCGUCCCGUGCGUCAAGCUCGUCGAUUUCGGGGACGCCGUCCAGAUGUCGAGCCACCGCUACGUGCACCUGCUCCUGGGGAACCCGGAGUUCGCGGCCCCCGAGCUGAUCCGCGGGUCCCCCGUGUCGCCGAACACGGACGUGUGGAGCGUGGGCGUGUUGGCCUACGUCAUGCUCAGCGGCGUCUCCCCAUUCCUGGACGAGAGCGUCGAGGAGACGUGCGUCAACAUCUGCCGGCUGGACUUCUGCUUCCCGGAGGAGUAUUUCGAGGGUGUGAGCCAGGUGGCCCGGGACUUCGUCGCCUCCGUCCUCUUGGAAGACCCCCGGAAGCGGCCGAGCGCUGCCUCCUGCCUCCUGCACCCGUGGGUGAGCACCCGCUCCGGGGACACGUCCGGCACCCCGCUGGACACGGCCCGGCUGGCGUCCUUCGUCGAGAGGAGGCGGCAGCUCAGCGACGUGCGGCCCGUCACCAACGUCAAGGGCCUGGUGACCCCCAGCCUGCUGCCUCCGCAGUGAGCUGGGCGUGGUCACAGGUCAGAGUGCCGGUGGCUCCGCCCCCCUGGUUUGAAAAAUUUUUUUAUCUAGAAGAAGUAGAAUCCGAGUCAUCCGAAGUGGACACAGCAAACAAUCAGCACUAAAUGUGAACUGUGAAAUAUACAGGUGCUCUGGGGAAUAUUAUUCUGUUACAUGCUGUCUGUAAUGCACUGUAAAUAUGCACAUUAACUGAAAAAUAUCAGGGUUCAAAGCAUCAGAGAGGUGUGCUGACACCCUAAUGUCAUGUUUAUUUUCGGAAGUACUUCAACUGCGGUGUUUUCAGCUCCACCAGCAGAGACGAGAAAAUGCAAAAAUGAGAUGAAGUUGAAAGUGAAUAUUGAUUUAUUUAUUUUUUUUUUUAUUGAACAUCUCAGCUGUAAGUGAUCUGCUGUGGGAAUAUACUUAUUUCCCAGGAACUUGUGUCCAUCGCUGUUUUUAUGAGUGUACAAUGUGUGAUGUAUGUAAAUGUAUAUUAAAAAAACAGACCAUGCAGUAUGACACUGAUCAGGGCCAUGACGAUUCAUCACGUGUUCAAUUUGAGGACAUUUUUUGGUAAUGAAUUUAUAAAAGGUCUUCAGACACCAAGAAGACUAAUUUUCCUCUGCCAUCCAGUGACCCAUUCAGUUCACUCUUAUUCUCUUGUUUGCCUGUAUAUUAUUGCAGUUUACAAUAAAGUAGAAUGACUAGAAUGCAGGAACACUGCCCUACUUAAAUUUUAAAUUUUAUGAAAAACAAAAAUUGCAAGAAAAGAGAUUUUUUUUUAAUCAUUUCAAAUUUCAGUUUGAAUAGAAAGGACUGUUUUGCUUUAGUAUAUUGAUAAAUAAAGUACUGAGCUGCAGUCCAUCACUAAGAGUCCAUUGCGCUCACACCUGUCUCUUGUGGCAUCUUCAGUCCUUAGCUAAACAUUUAAGCAAAAUUAAUGGUUUAAUUUUAUUGAAAGUUAUUAAUUUCUCCUAAAAUAUACAUGUAUUUGGGUGUGAGAACCCCUGCUCGAGCGCAGUCCCACCUUCUCACUGUGAACUUUGGAUGUCAGACAAUCGGUGUCACCCGCUCCUCCCCAAAGCUUCCGUUCGACACCCCCCUCCUGAGGAGAGUCCGCGUUGCCGUGACGACACGUUUGCGCCUGCCUGGCGUUGCACUUAUGUCUGUUCUGAAAACGUUUGGUGCUGGACGUGCUUUUGUGCAUCAUGUCAGUGAUGUGACUUAAUGCCUCGACGUUUACAUGUUACACGUGUGUAUGACACAGGAAUCGGUCAGAAACAAUGUUCUCAGACCAGUUAUUGAAUGUUUAAUAAAAAUGUUUAAACAUU